AUGAGGCGUGGGGGCGGGGCCUGCGUCGAGGGCGGGGCCUGCUGCGUCCGGUAUCCUAGCAACGGGCCAAGGGGGCUGUUGAACCGCCUGGACCCCGCGGCUCCUGAAAUGGAGCCAGAAGUGUUGGAUGCAAGCAACCCCUUUACCGUAGAAGGCGACCACCUGAUUCCAGACCUGGACCUGUAUGAUGCCGACAUCUACGACGUCCCGGACCCGGGACUGCUCAACGAAGAGGACGAGUCAUCGUUUAAGGAGCCAGCCCCACGGCUUUUUACCAGCAACUCUCGGUGGCAGAACAUGACCCCGAGCGCCCGUGCCCGCCAGCUGUGGCUGCUACUGCGUACACGUCUCCAGACUUCUGUGGAAAAGGAAAAGAGAGCUGAGCUGGGCGUGGCACGCUUGACGCACGGGCUAGAGCCGCUGCGCCGCCUGGAGGUGGCAGCUGGGCUGUGUUCGGUGGCACAGGACCCCGUGGGCAGACGCUUCGUGGUGCUGGACGGUGCGGGCCGCCUGCACCUGCACAGAGAGGAUGGCUGGGCGCAAGAGAAGCUGCUGGCUCCAGUCGCGCUUACAGGGCUGGUGGCAGUGCUGGGCGAGCUGGGCACUGUGGGCCGCUUUGUGGGCUGGGGCCCAGCGGGGCUGGCCAUCCUAAGGUCCGACCUCAGCCUGCUGUGGCAGAGUAAGCCAGUGGAGCACAGGGUGCCGGGCCGCGAGCCAGUCUGCUGCCUGCCGGUGCCCGACCCCGGGCUGCUGCUGGUGGCGGAGGCGGGCGGAAGCCUGGCGCUCUGGAAGUUCCGUGCAGGGGGUCGCUGCCUGGUUCCCCAUGGGUCCCCUCUGUGGCUGCUGCCAAGCCUCUCGGGUGCGCUCGCGCGUUUGGCUCUGGGGCCUCGGCAUCCCCCUCACGUCCCACGCUGCUGCGCAGCCUACGGCUCAGCCAUGCUCACCUUUGAUCUGCACACCUGGGCUCUCACAGAUGUGCGUCGGGACCUGCACAAAACCACCAUCUCCGAUCUAGCGUACUGCAGAGGUGGGGCCAUGGUCACAGCUUCCCGGGACAGCACGGUGAAGGUGUGGGAGGCUGACUGGCAGAUCCGGAUGGUGUUCGUGGGACACACAGGCCCGGUGACUGCGGUGGCCGUGCUCCCGAACACGGCCCUUGUGCUGUCGGCUUCGCAAGACGGGACGCUGCGCACGUGGGACCUGCAGGCAGCGGCGCCGGUGGGUGAGGUGGCGCUGAGCCGCCGGGGCCCGAGCGUGCCGUCGGAGACCGUGAGCCAUCUGCUGGCUCCUGCCGGCCCCGGCUGGCCCUUGCUCUCCUUGCGCGCCCGCAGCGUGGAGCUGUGGCGCGUGCGGGAGCUCUACUCGCCAUUGGCCCAGCUGUCGGCGCCGGUGCUCCACCUGCAGGUGGCGCCGGCGCUGCCCUCUCCCACGUCCCCGCAAGCGCAGCUGCCCACGCGCCUCGUGUGCGCCUCCGCCGACGGCUCGGUCUACCUGGUGUCGGUCUCCAGCGGACGCACCGUGAGUGCGCUUCUGCUGGAGCCCGAGGACCGCGCGGCCGCCGUGGCCUACUGCCUGCCCCGCGAGCUGCUGUGGCUGCUGACGCGCGCCGGGCACCUGCUGUGCGCCAACGCAGCACGCUGCCCCAUGUGCGUGCUGCACCGCCUGUGCCCGCCGCCACCCCCGGCGCCCCGGCCCUGCUGCCUGCACCUCUACAGCCACCUCAUGGACCCCGGGAGCGCGUUUGCCGCCUGGGAGAUAGUGCGCCAGUACAAGGGGGAGCUGUGCCGCAGCGACGUGGCCGGGGCCUGGAAGGACAAGAACCGGUACCUGCUCGUGGUGGGGCACACUGAUGGCACCCUGUCCGUGCUCGAGUUGCACUCCUCGAAGACGGUCUUCCGUACGGAGGCGCACAGCCCAGGCCCCGUCACCGCCACUGCGUCCACCUGGAACAGCAUCGUGUCCUCGGGGGGAGACUUGACCGUGAAGAUGUGGCGCGUCCGUCCGUUUGCCGAGGAGCGCCUGAGCCUCCUGCGCACCUUCUCCUGCUGCCGCCCGGCGGCGGUGCUCUGUGCCCUCGGGAAUCGCGUCACCGUGGGCUUCGAGGACCUGAACAGCGCCACCUGUGGCUUGGUGCAGUUUGGCCUGGGCAACAGCCCACGCUUGGAUCACCGGCCCCAGGGAGACCCCACGGACCACAUCACCGGCCUGUGCUUCUGUCCCACGCUCAAGCUGUACGCCUGCUCCAGCCUGGACGGCACCAUCCGCAUCUGGACCGCGGAGAACCGCCUGCUGCGGCUGCUGCAGCUGAACGGUGCCCCUCAGGCCCUGAGCUUCUGCAGUAACAGUGGGGACCUGGUGCUGGCCCUGGGCUCCUGCCUCUGCCUGGUGGCCCACAGGUUCUACCUGCCCACUUCUUACCUGAUUAAGAAGCUGUGCCAGGAUGUCCCUGAUGUGGUGGAUGACCCUCCACUGCCGCUGACCAGCCAGGAGUCGCUGACCUCAGCCCAGCUGCAGAGGCUCGCCAACCUGCGUGGGGUGGCCAGCCUCAGCGCAGCCUCGUCUUUCAUCCAUCGCCAGACGGCCACGCCUCAGCAGUCAGUGUUGGAGAAGGACUUGGAAGCCUUCAUUGCCCGGGACCAAGACCUUCAGCAGCUGAAACUGGGGCUGGUGGGCCCUGCAGCCCGGCCCCCACCCUCCUGGCAGCAGUGCCAGGAGGCCUUUGAUAACUACCUCCGUCUGAUUUAUGGCCCUGGUCUGCCGGGCAGGUAUUCCGGAGGAGAGUCCCAGCAGUGGAGCACCGUGACCCUCACAGUGGAGAGACAGACCUGGGACGUGUGCGCCCUGCCGAGAGAUGUCCCCGAUCUCUGGGGCGUUGAAGCCUCGCCACCACAGGAUCUUGGGACCCUGGGCCAGCGCUUUGCCCGCCCUCCCCGAGUCCCCUUGCCUCCCCCACCCACCCACCGGAGGUUGCACAGCAGAGCGUCCCAGCUGCUGGCCCACUCCUUCCCGAGCCACGAACUGGGCCUUAGUCUGCACCUGCAGCUGCAGUUGGAGCGGCUCCACGGGGAGAAGCCUGUGGCCCCGGAUCCACUGUCCUCCCACCUGCAGUGCAGGAUGCCCCUGCUGCUGAAGAGGCGGCCCCAGGAGCGUCUCUCCAACCUCAGGGGCUUCUUCCCUGCCGCUGUUCAGCCCUAUGAGCACUGGCGGCGGCCCAUCCGCUUCCCGGGCUGCGUGCCCAACUCGGUGGUGCUGCAGCAGAUGUGGCUGCCUGUGGAGGUCAGCGGCCUCGGAGCCCUAGGCCCGCUCAGGCGCCGCUGCGAGAGCGAGCCAGGCGGGAGCCAGGACGACCUGUGGCUGUCGCGGGGCAUGAGUCGGCGGCGCGCCAAGCGGCAGGAGAAGCUGAUCCAGUUGUUGGGAGAGGAGGGGGAGGAGGAGGACGAGCAGGAUCUGGACUGGGCCUCGGAUUCGCUGGGCCCCCACAGGCAGCUCUCUGACCAGCUGCUGGAGCAGGAGGCUCAGGUGGGCGUCGGGGCUGGGCUGGGCAGUGGCGCAGGAGCUGCCUGGGGAGGGCAGGGUCUGCAGCUGCUGCCGCUGCCCCUAGGCCCCGAGUGUCUCAUCGCGAAGCCCCUGGGCUCCCGCGAGGACACCGCCAGGGCCGAGACCUGUCUUCACUGCCCCCAGUUCCACUACGGGCACUCGCUCUGGGAAGAGCGGUACGGGCAUCUGCCUAGGUUCCUGCAGUUUUUCGUCGGCCAGAACUGGUUCAAAAAGCUCUUCCCCAUCUUCACUCUGCAGCGGGCUCCUUGCCCCGCUCUGGCUCUGCGCCUCUUCCAUCCUCCCCCAUCCCUCACCCCUUCCCCAUCUCCCGGGAUCUUCCUGCGCCUCCCCAGGAGGGAGUCUGGGGUGGGGUCUCAGGCUUGGAGCCAGGGGCAGCACCUCUCCAGCCUCCACUGGCCAACUCCCCAGCAGAUGGAAACUGUGCCGCCUUCGGUAGCCAAGUUGUCAGAGAUGCUGCCCGAGGUCUCAGAGACCUCAGCACUUCACCCUCCUUCGAAGGAGGCCCUGUCGCAGAUUUCCAUGGUCUCCGGGGCAACUGUUCAUAUCUCUGUGAUGCCCUCAAGCAUCUCCCGGACGCCCUCACCGGUGGUCUCACCCGGAGAGCCGGACUUGGCCGCCCUGGAGUCGCAGGCCCAGCAGACGCUGGCACAGAUGCGCUUUGGGCGGACCCGACGUGCACUGUCUGAGACACUGACGCACUUCUGCCCCUGGCCUGAGGCCCCCUUGCGACCCUCCGCGCCAGCCGCGCUGCCUGAUGAGACACUGCCUCUGGAGCAGACGAACUGGUCACAGUCAAAAAUGCUGGCGGGGCCCAUCGACGCACUCAACUUCUUCUGCGAGCAGCAGCGGGCUCGGCAGCAGGGCCCCCUGCAGGAGGAGCCCAAGACCCCGCCCCCUCGCCCGCCCCCACGGAGGCCCAGCAUGGUGGUGCCACAGUCCCGGGAACCCCGGCACUACUCCAUCCUCCGGCUUCAGGAGGCCAAGGUCCAGAGGUCUCCAAUGAAACUGAGGGGCCGAAUGCCGUCCCGGCUCUGGGCGGGCCGCACCCUGGAUGGCGCCAUCCGGAUGCUGAAGCUGCCACUGCCCCGGGUGGAACUGCAGCCUUUCCCCCCAGACUGGCCCAGGCCUGCCCACCCGCUGCCCCCGCAGCUCCUGCAGCCUGCCCUGCAACGUUACUUUCUGCCAGAUGACACGGACCCUGACAGCUACAGCUGAGCUGGCUGGUGACCCCGGCCUGACCCUGCCUCCC